CUCUUCAGUCGUUUGCGCAUGCGCACCGUGUAACAACUGCGGAAGUGAGGAGAGCCCGCGAGCGUCCACAACUGUUACGGUUUCUCGUCAACUUUCGUCAAAAUGUCAGGUUUCGACAGUAACGCGUUCGAAAACGCAGCAGACGUCAAUCCCUUUCAGGAUCCCUCGGUCACACAAAUGACCCAUUCUGGAGAUCAUCUGCAUCAGUACCAGCCUUUCCCUGACAAUAACUCUGGAGAUCUGACAGGCACUACCGUCCCAGCCUCUACUGUCCCGUCCCAGCCUGCCGUGCUGCAGCCCUCCGUGGAGCCGAGCCCUCAGGCAGCCGCAGCCGCAGGCCAGGCCAAUCUGCUGAGACAGCAAGAGGAGCUGGAGAGGAAAGCGGCCGAGCUCGAGCGCAGAGAACAGGAUCUGCAGAGCAGAGAGCGGAUUACAGGAAAAGAGAACAACUGGCCUCCGUUACCCAGAGUCUUUCCCAUAAAGCCGUGCUUCUACCAGGACUUCUCAGAGGAAAUCCCAGAGCAGCACAGACGCCUGUGUAAAAUGAUGUAUUACCUGUGGAUGUUGUAUUGUGUGACAUUGUUUCUAAACGUCCUGGCGUGUUUGGCUUUCUUCACUGCUGAUGCCGGUAACGGAGUGGAUUUUGGGCUCUCCAUCCUGUGGUUCAUCCUCUUCACCCCCUGCUCCUUCCUCUGCUGGUUCCGGCCCAUCUACAAGGCUUUCAGGAGCGACAGCUCUUUCAGUUUCUUCUCCUUCUUCUUCAUCUUCUUCGCCCAAAUCGCGGUGCUGAUCAUCCAGUGUGUCGGUAUACCUAAAUGGGGCAACAGCGGAUGGAUUUCGUCUUUCACCAUGGUCUCCAGCCACCUGGCUGUGAGCGCAGUGAUGUUCGUGGUUGCGGUGUUCUUCACCGUGUGCGCCGUGCUAUCGGUCGUCCUUCUUAAAAUGGUUCACUCCCAUUACCGCCACACCGGUGCGAGCUUCCAGAAAGCUCAGCAGGAGUUUUCUCAGGGCGUCCUCACCAACCGCACGUUCCAGACCGCAGCAGCGACCGCAGCCACCUCAGCAGCCCAAAGUUCCUUCCAGAGGAACUAAUUUCAGCAAGAAAACAGCAUGACCAGAGCCACAGUGCCGUAGCAGGCUGUGCAGCUCCCACCUAUAAUGCUUUAGCCUCCGGACUGCAGAGACAACACUUUUAGGAGUUCACAUAAAGAUGUAUGUGAAGCUGAGGGGAUGAAGUUACAGCACUCGGUAUGGUGGCUGAAUAUCUGUAUGGAUGCUUUCAGUUUGAAUGUGUUUUGUGAUAUAGAUGUAUGUAUUUUUUUUUUUUGCUGUAAACUAAAUUAAAAGUUAGCCACGACUGUUUAGCCACAACAGAAUCAUUAGGGUGUCCGGAUCACAGAACGACAAUGAACAAAAGACCUUUUCUCCUGUGUCCUGUCUGUUUAAGCAGCUUAGUUCGCUUUGCAUUUGGCUAAAAAUUUGUUCUUCUUGAAGCUUUUUUUUUUUUUUUUUUUUUAAAGUAACACUUCCAAACAAAAUUUAGUGUGCCUUGUAAUUUCAGCCUUAUCGUAUCCAUUCGUUUAACACAUUCUGUCAAAGUGCCAUUCAUUUAACUAUUGUGUUCAUUCCACUGCCAAAUGUACAAACCAACGAAUUAUUUUGAAACAGCGAUGGAAGCUAAAGUUUCAUGGUUUAUCACGUAAAGAUUCGAUCAGAUAUCGACCAAAACACAUCGUCCUUACCUUCGGUUCAUUUUUAAAUACUGCUAAAUUACAUAACUUACGAUGAAGGAUAACUAUCCGAAUGCUGGUGUCUGAGCUCUGCUUUGCUUGUAAAUAUAUCAAGAGAUUUAAUAUUAUCUAAAGUCGAGUAAUUGCGGCGAUCUACGCUUUACGCAAAAAAAAAGUUUUAGCAUGUUUGAAUUUUCUAAACAGAAAUGCGUAGAGGUUUUUUGCACCUUAAAGAAGGGAUUAAAUUGUGUAUGUGGUCUGUAUUUUUCUUAGUGAUUUAAGCAAAUAAAAAAAAUAAACUGAA